ACAGCGCAACAACAACAAACACGUGUGAAAUCAUCUUUUUGUUAUUAUUCAUAUUUUUUAAUCAUUUAAUAUAUGUUGGCUAACUAAAAACUAUUUAGUGACAAUAUUAAAUAAAUAAAUAAAUAAAAAAUUCGUUUAAUUUGUGAAAGUUUGACAGUUGCAAUUUACUUUUUGACAUUUGUUGAAUGAAACCUAACCUCUUUCGAACAGUAAUUUUUCUAUUAAUUUUGUAUAGUUGAGCAGAAAAAUUAUAAAGAAGAACAUAAAAAAAAAGAAUUAAAUCUUGAGAUAAAUAUUCAUUUAAAAAAACGCAAAAUUCUGAACUGAGAUUUAUAAUUCAACAAAGUGAACAUAACCUCAUUGCACUUUUAACAAGACAAAUUUUUUCUUGAAUUUAAACGAUUUUAUAAAUUAAAAAAUGGCUAUUGAUAACAAAACACGUUUAUCAAAGUCCAUUUUGGACAUGAAGUUUAUGAAAAGAAGUAAAGAAAAAGUGGAAAAGGAACAAUUCCAAGAGGAAGGCGAAGAAUACUUUGAUAAUCAAUUGACAUCUUAUAUGAGAAAACAAACGGGACAGUUUAUUAUAGAGCCAAGUUAUCUUAUUUGUGAACAAUUAAUUGACGGAAGAGUAAGUUUUCAGGGUAUGAAUCCUGAAAUUGAAAAAAUAAUGGAAAAUGAGGCACAGGGUAAAAAUCAAUCACAAUUAAAAAAAGAAGAGGAAGCUGAUGUUUCAGAUUCUGAAAUGGCCGAUAGAUUUCGUAAAUUAAAGAAAAUUAAAACAGAUAAUCAUCGUAUUAAAUCAGUGCACAAAAAAUGGUUAAAAAAAGAAGAUAAAGAUAAACCUAUUGAGAAAAAACCAAAAUUUUUAAAACCCCAAGAUUAAUUAUUAUUUAUAGUUAAGAUUUAUAAAAAUUACUGAAUAUAAAUUUAAAUUGUCGACAAUUGUUUUUAAGACUUACAUUAUGUAUAAGAUAAAAUUAUCUUUAAGUGUAUUUUCUAUUUUACUGAAUACAAAUUUUCUUUACAAAA